CCCCCUCAGGCCAGAGUCCAGCAAGCCCUGACUCUGCUCAGGGAGAAGAUGGAAGCUGCCAAGCGGCUGGAGACCAAGGAGGCCAGGAAGGUCAAGGAAUGGCAGGAGAAAGUGCAGGUCCAGCGCCAGAUCAUCGUCUCCGAGUUCGAGAAGAUCCGCCAGUUCCUGUCGGAGGAGGAGCAGCUGCUGCUGGAGAAGCUGGCGAAGGAGGAGGAGGGCUUUAUGCAGAGAGCAUGGGCCAAUCUCGCUGACCUCUCGGAGCAGUGCUCUGCCCUGGGCAAGCUCAUCACAGAGCUGGAGGACAAAAGCCGGCAGUCGUCUGUGCAGCUGCUAGAGUGGGCGAGGCAUUCGCUGAGCAGAGCUGAAACGGCCCGACUCUGGGAGCCAGAAGCCAGGCCCACUGACGUGAAGACUAGAUACAGCUUCCUGGAGAUGAGGACAAUGCUACAGAGAUUUAAGACGGAUGUGACUCUGGACCCUGAGACAGCCCACAUGUGCUUGGAGCUGUCCGCGGACCGGCGCGGUGUGCGGCUGAGGGAGCAGCAGCGGGCCGUGCCGCCCCACCCCAAGCGUUUCGACACGUACCGCUGUGUGCUGGGUGCGGCGGGGCUGGGUGCGGGCCGGCACUACUGGGAGGUGGAGGUGGAGGCGGGCGACAAGGCCUACUGGACCCUGGGCGUGGCGCGAGCCUCGCUGCGCAGGAAGGGCUGGUUCAGCCUGGAGCAGGAGGAGGGCGUCUGGGCCGUGCGCCUCCUCCGGGGCCAGUAUCAAGCCCUCACCUGCCCCGAGACCAGCCUGUCGCCAAGCCGCAGCCCUGAGCUCCUGGGCGUCUUCCUGGAUUGGGAUAGAGGGAGCGUCACCUUCUACGAAGCCGAGGGCAUGGAGCCCAUCUUCUCCUUUGCCACCGGCGCCCCCUUCGCCGAGCCGCUCUACCCCUUCUUCUGGCUCAUGUGUCCCGGCACCAGCCUCAGGGUUCGGCCCUCGUGGGACCCAAGGUGCGAGGGGGGGAAGCAGGCGUGACGGGCUGGGGAAUGGCACAGGGGCGGGCAGCAACCCUUGCCCCAUGCCCUGCCCACGAUGUCCAGCGGGUGAGGGGGCUCCCUCACCUUGACAGGAGCGGGGGUGGGGUGCUGACAGCCAGCUCCCCUCUCCCCAGCUCUCAGGGACAAGGAGGGGUCACUUCCCACAUGUGCAUACCCCUCCCUCCACCCCCGUGCAAUUGGAACAAUACCCCUCCCCCAGCCACGUGCACCACCACCCUCGCACACCAGCAGAUCCGCGGCAAACCCAGGCAUUGUUAAGGGGCAGAGAUGGCAGGGAUGGGCCUAGUUGCUCAGUGGCACGGGCUUGCCCCCGGCUGGGGCGUCACUGCUCCCCGAGAGCCCUCACGCUGCUGGGUUUGGUCAGGACCGUUUUUGGAAUAAACCGAAUGUAACGACGAGGCGGGUGGGGAGGUGCGUGGGGAGGCAUGGAUGCGUGACCCCCCUGGGAAGGAAAAUGGGAGCUACUCAGAGCCCUGGGCUCAGUGUCUCGGCCGCCUAACUCACAAAGACAUUUGGGGUGGGGGGAGCCCGUCCUGGAGCCCCUGUAUUAUCUGCACUGAGGGGGCUGCACUCGGGGACUUGAGGGUCCAAAACGAGAGUCGGAAGCCAUUCGGGCAGGCACCACGUCCAGGGUUGCAGGAUGGACCCAUCAAGAGCCCAUUAUUAUUUAUUUUGACCUUGCAUCUACCCAGAUCUGGGGGCUUGUGACGGGCACUGCUCAGUUGCAGGCCCUGCCUGAGUCUGUCGAGAGCCUGAGACACUUGCUGUGAGCGGGGGCGGGGAGGGGGGUGUUGCCCUGUGAAACUCCACACUGGGCACUUGCUGGGAUGGUGUGAUGGGCCUCCCCUUCCCCCAUGCUUUAUAAAAUGGGCCUAUGGACAUUAAUUUAUGUAACUCAAAGGUGCUUUGAGCAAAUGUUUUCGUGUAACUCAUCAAUCUUCAAGUCAUGAGCGGCUGGUUCUGUUUAUUUUACUUUGAUGUGUGUAUCAUUUUUGCAUGUAAAGUUAGACAUAUGGGCUGCGUC